CAUCAGUAGCAAGGCAUCUAUUGUAGCAUUUGCUCACCAUGAAGAUCACCGUGGUACUCGUACUUCUCGCCACCUUCCUCGGCUGUGUGAUGAUCCACGAGUCGGAGGCGUCCACAACCACCACGUCCACCUCCGCCUCGGCCACUACCACUACUUCCGCUUCGGCGACCACCACUACUUCCGCUUCGGCCACCACCACCACUUCCGCUUCGGCCACCACAACAACAGCCUCACCUUCCUCGAGCUCAAAAAAGAAGACUGUCACUCACUAUAAGCGAAAGGUCAAGAGGCCAAAGAAGGUCAGGAAAAUCACAAGGAGAAGGGGUCUCAGGAGCCGCAAUGGUCGCAGAUCCGAUGAAUGAAAGAUCCACAGGACCAAUAGGAAAUCCACUCCAAUCCCAAUGCUGAACCCAAUGACAACCAUAGCACUUAACUUUUGAAUAGUUUAUAAUGAAAUAGCAAUAUUGUUCGUUUAUAAGGCAAAUAUAUAAAUCAAUGAAAUAGUAUUUCUCAUGUUGAAUUU